UCCUGUUCCCGGGACACAGAGCUUCCGCUUUGGAGCAAAGAGCAGCGGGCUCUGAGCUCCUAGUCCCACUGCUGCCCAGCUCAGCGGCCUCAAAGGACACCCAGUCCCCAGAAGGCGGCAGAAAGAGCAUGGCAAUGAAGAGCCCAAGAGGCAGCAUCCCAGCACUGCUGCUGUUGCUCAGUCUGUUGGACGCUUCGCAAGCACAGAGCAGCUGCUCCGGGCACCCAGCCAUCCCUGGCACCCCAGGCAUCCCAGGAUUACCUGGCUCUGAUGGCAAUCCUGGAACCCCAGGGGUAAAGGGAGAAAAAGGACUUCCAGGACUAGCUGGCGAUCACGGAGAGUUUGGAGAGAAGGGAGACCCAGGGAGUCCUGGGAAUCCAGGAAAAGUGGGCCCCAAGGGACCAGUUGGCCCUAAAGGUGUCCCAGGAGCCCCCGGAGCCCCCGGCCCCAAGGGCGAAUCGGGAGACUACAAAGCCACACAGAAGAUCGUCUUCUCAGUCCUAAAGACCACCGCCACCCCUGUGCGCCGGGACCUUCCUGUCCGCUUCGAGCACACCAUCACCAAUGAGAACAACAACUACUAUUCUCGGAGUGGCAAGUUCACAUGUACCGUGCCCGGCCUCUACUACUUCACCUACCAUGCCAGUUCACGAGGGAACCUGUGUGUAGGCAUCUUUCGGGGCCGGGAGAAGCCACAGAAGGUGCUUACCUUCUGUGACUACUCCAUCAACACCUUCCAGGUCACCACGGGUGGCGUGGUCCUCAAGCUGGAGAUGGGUGAGAGCGUCCACCUGCAGACCAACGAUAAGAACUCCCUGCUGGCCAUGGAGGGGGCCAAUAGCAUCUUCUCUGGGUUCCUGCUCUUCCCAGAUGCAGAUGUAUGACCUGGCAGCGGGGCUGAUACUCACCCCAUCCCACCCGAUGCGCCCCCUUCCCCCCGCAUUGGCUCCUCCCCUCAGGGGCAUGCAGGAGAGCUCUGGGAAUGUUGCAGAGUGAAUGAGUAAAUAAAGUUUUCAAGGCCAAGA